UUGCAAUGUCUUUGCCGAUCGCCGUCCCUGUGAGCCCGAUGCCAGAGCAUGUCGCCAUCGCAGCUUCUUGGGUUAAUCAAUAAUCACUGAAGGACAGGAAAAUAUUGAUCCAGAUGCCCUACCUUUUGCAAGAAAUUUAAAAGAAAUGGAUUGUUAAGGACUCAGGGGAAGGAGCAAGCCAUGUGGAAGUGGUAUUAGAGGCCCUCAAGGAUUUAACAUGAACAAGACCAACUAUAUUUGCCAUGUCAAAUCCAACAAAGAAUGCUGAAUGCAGCCCUGAAGUAGCAUUCUCCAACAUUAUUUUUGCAAGUGGAAGUCCAUUCAGGGAUGUGGAUCUUGGUCAUAGAGGGAGUGAUGGAUUGCAUGGGUAUGUACCAUCUCUUGAUCAUGUGGUUGCAGACGUAGAGCUUGACAAGUUGAGGAAAACGUUCGAGUUGAUAGAAGCAGAGAAUGUUUAUCUGAAUAAGUCAAUUGAGAGAAUGGACAAAGAGUUGCAUGAAGCCAAAGACACAAGUUUCCAUUUAAGUCAUCAAAUUGAAAACUCAGAAAAUCUGGUUAAGAAGAAAGAAGUAGAACUGUUAGCAAUGGAGAAAAGGCUAAAGGCAUCAGAGACAUUAAACAUCGGGUUCUACAGAGCUAUUAAGGAGCUGAAGAUGGAACAAGAAGAAUCAAGAAUGAUCAAAGAAGAUAUGGACAGAAAGGUGUGAGGAUUAUGCAAUUUGCUUUUUGCUUUCAACCAGAAUGACAUCACACAAUUACACAGCAAGUGCCAAAUCUGUAUCUCUUUAUUGUAUAAGUUCAAGAGUUUCUCAAUCUGCCAUUGCUGCACUCUUUUGUAAAAUCAAUUUCGGCCAGAAGCAAUUCUCUACUUGCACUUUGAGAUGUAUGGUUAUCUUUUGUAUAUGAUUAUAUUAUAAGCCUGUCUUUCUUAGUUGUUUUCAUUGUUUUCAUGUGAUUACAAAUUUUCUAUUUCUUUAAAAAAA